ACUACAACCACAACCACAACAAUUACAACAACCCAAUCCCUUCCUCUUAAGUAAACGCGAAAAUGCCGAAACCAAAGUCUUUCGCAAAGCAAGUAAAAGCGAAACCGAAGAAGGAACAGAGACUUGAAACGGCCGAUGAUUUCCAAUCUGCUGGUGUCGAUUUUGAAGAGGCAGCGGGAAAAUGGCGUGCGGGAGACGCCACCAAAUCUAUGAGAUUCUUUCAACGCGCCAUUGACGUAUACGAUCAAGGACUGCGUAAAUUCCCUCAAAGUAUUGACUUGGCUUAUAACAAAGCCCGAGUCCAGCUAGAGAUAGCUACGCAUCCAGUCCUCAUAGACCAAUUGCCAAAACCGCUGAAAGAUGCACUAGAUCUGGCGUUAGCCUCCCAUCGUUACACGUUACAGUUAGAUCCCGAUAAUGCCGACGCUCUUUUCAACACCUCCCAAGUCCUCACGUCAAUCGCCGAACUACUUGCCUCUGACGAAGACGACGAAACCACCCAGAACGAAAUCGAAGCUAUCAAAGUUCUCCGUGAAGCAGUCGAGUUACAAAGCAGAUGUCUCAGCAUACAGGAACAGAAAUACCAAGAGUUCGUCGAGCAGGAACGCCUCGCAAAUGAUCAAGAGGAGGAGCCAAGUAACCAGGUUACUGGAGCCACUGCAUCAAGAGACGGGCAAGAAUCCGGCGAUACCGAGGAGGAUGGCGAAUGGUUCAACGUCGUCGAACCAGUUACACGCGACACCCUCAUCGAUACGAUACUCGCCGAACUAGGUACCCUUACCACUCUUUGCAGCAUCGUGAGCUCCUCGCCGGAGAUCGCCCCUGCGCAUACGCUUCCUUGGGUCGAAGGGCUUUCAACAAGCCUCUUGGAGAAAGCACAAAUAUUUUCGACAGAUCAACCAGAUAGGUUGCAAGAGAUUGCUUUGGCAAAGGCGAACCUCGUGUCGGCAAUAUUAGAAGCCGGGUACAAAUCAGGCAACAUCAAUGUCGAGACUUACAAAAGAGAAAGAGACACUGCAUUUUCUGCGGCGGAGCUUCGACUUGAGAGGUUCGUUGACGGCCUUAUUGCCAAUGCACGCUCUCUCAUCGCAUUCAAUUCCGCGUUAAUUGAUGUCGAGAAUGAAGAUGCCCAAAUACAGGCGACAUUGAGAUGGAACGUGCUUACAGCCACUAUAGCCAAUCUCAAAUCCGCUUCCGUGAUACAAGGAGUAUCUCAAGAGGACUUAGCCACAACACAUCUCUUACGUGGUGACGCAUCCUUGUAUCUAUGCUCUAUGGCAUUCCCGCCCACAUCCCAUCAAACAGCUAUCAAUACCGCCUCGCAGAAUGCCAAGAACGCAGAGGUGUACUACCGCAAUGCGAGUAGGCUAGCAGAAGACCAAGAAGAGAAGGACGUCGCUACAUUGAAAUCAGCUGUCGCUCGAUAUCUGCAAGCUUAUUCCCAAGGAAACUCACAAGGCGAUAUUAGUGCGCUGCUAAACGCCAGCUCGCGAGGCCAGGGAUGGGCUAUUAGCCAGCUUGAAGAUAUGGUAGCGGAAAACCUCGUACCCCAAGCUCUUCUUUCCUAGGUGUUUAGGAUCAAAGAAAAGCUGUGCAUGCCAUUGUUCCCAGUUUCGGUCUCCCAGAGCAUAUAGACUUGAGGUAAAGACUGCCAUCCCGCAUCGGUACACCUUACCUCUGCGAAACUCGCAGUAAGGGAUGGAUAGUCCUUACUGUGGCGCAGGCUGAGUGUUGAAUUUGCGCACGACCCGAAGCCCGCAACUCCACGAAUCAUCAUUUCUCACCUUGAACAUUAUCCGCCGAACCGUCCCUAGAAUUUCACCUCGAUCCAUAUGUGACGGUUUCAAGGGACUUCUCUACUAAGAUUUGCAAUUUCGCUGAAAGAUCUUC